AUGCCAGAGUCUCUAUCUCAGCGCCUCAGAGCCAUCCGAGAAGCAGCACAGCAGCCCAAAUCUCGUCCAGUUCCUACUCCGGCGUCGACCCCAGCUCCAGCUCCAGCGUCAGCUUCAGCCACAACUCCUGUUUCUAGUACACUACAUACUACACCGCGACAGACGUUCACAAAUCCGGCAAAUCAAGCUGAACCUAGUGUUUCACCGAACAGCAACAUACCAGACGAUGACAUUGAGCGGUUGAUACGACUGACACAGGAUGAGGUGCACCUGGAUCGGCAGUCUGGUCUUGGAAGCGAGGAGGCUGAGGAGGAAGGGGUAGAUCCGGCAGGGAUUGAGAAUCCGGAUAUUGAGACGCAAGCCUCGCUACCACCUGGUCCCUCGCAACGAGAGACAUCAAGCCUCUUACGAGAAUCAAUGGGCGUCCUGGGGCAAGCGGAACGUCUGCAGGGUUCGGCGCCGACGCAACCUGCUUCGAGUACAGGGCAACGGAGCAAGCCAAUCCUAACUCGGGGCUCAUCAUCGCGACUGAAAAGCCAAGACAGUGUGAGUGGAUCAAACCAUCAAGAAGCAGAUGUCGAAGAUGAUUCAUUCGAUCUAGCGGAAGAUCUGGCUGAAGCGCUCGGAGAAGAAGUCAAGCGGAGACCAGUGGCGGGCCUCGAGACGGAGCAGCAGCUAGCAGCGAGCUCGUCCUCAUCACCAGCAGCAAGAGAGAUACAGGUACCAGACGGUCCUGGCUCAAGUCGAGCGGAGGAGCUGGAGCGAGAGCCAGAGCCAGAGCCAGAGCCAGAGCCAGAGCCAGAGCCAGAUGAGAUCCAAGACGAGGUCGACGCUCUCAUCGCCCGAUUCAGUGCUCUACGUCCGGCACGCCAAGCAACUCCAUCAGAGCAGGCAUCAUCCUCUCCGUCCACACGGUCUUCACCUUCUUCUCCGCCGCCCGCCUACACAUCCGACGAUAGUGAAGAUGAAGACAAUUUGGGUAGUCGGGAUCCAUUCGCAUCUCUCUCCCUACCCUCGGUCCCGAGCUCAGAGCCAACGGCCCCCUCUGCCCCUGCCAUACACCCCACUCUCGGUCCGGCACACAACGACCUACCUGCCGAUCUAGACCUCGCACCUUUCCGCCGUCUGGUCGGGCGAGAGCUAGAUGUGCGCAGACUGGACGAGCCUUCCGAGCGGGAGCGAAGCUUUGACGGUUUCCCCUCUGUCCCCGGUAGUGGCUCCAAGUCUCACCCUUCCAGAGAGGGACAAGUGGAAGAAGAAGAGGAGGAGACAUUUUGCUCCAUCUGUUCAGCCCCUCCCACGCUCAGCUGUUUCUCUCCACGCGACCCGGAGGACGAAGGAUGCAUGGGCGAUGUGUACUGCUCGGAGUGUUGGGUGCAGGCGCACGAGGGCAUGGAGAGGGAGGAGUUGAGGGAGCAUCGUACGAGGGACCUGCCGAGGAAGGGAGGGGUAAACAGAGGCGGGCCGAAGAGGAAAGGAGGGAGUGGAGGAGGGAGGAAGCCAUUGGCUGCUUGA